ACUCCUCGCAAGCGUUUCUCUCCCAGGACUGGAGUUGGCGUCCUUGUUCUGAUGAAAAAUAAUUCAGGAAAAUAUUGAAAGUUGAGAAGAGGACGGUGUCCCUGACGUCGGUUCAUUUGAAAACAGGGCAAGGACGGACGCACAACCUGCCGCGCGGACAGACGGCGAUGGCGCACAAUCAAACGCAGUCCUUUUUGGAAAUACUUAAAUCCUUCCACACGGGCGACCUGAUCCUGGCCUUCUGCUUGUCGGCGCUGGUGGGCUCGCUCCUGGGCGCGAUUCUCUACAUCCUGCUGACCUGGGCGUCGCGGCGUCGCCGAGCCGGCCGAUCCCGGCGCUCCCAGAUCCCGCUGGAGCCGCGGCCGGAGACGGAGCACAACCGCAGCACCUUUCUCGGUGUCUACCGCCGGCCCUCCCCGGAGCCACCCCCAGUCGGCAAACCGGUAUCCCGGACGUCCACCUUUCGAUCGCCGACGGCGGCCGGGAAUGGUGCUCAGCCGCCCUCCGAUUCGUCAGAUUCGGUCUCCGACAAGCGCCUCUCCUUCUGGCUGGGGGGCUACGGACUCAAGGGGUUUCUACCCUCACAGACCCCGCCGCCCACUUACAACAGCGUCAUUGGGGAUGACCAAGAGGCAAUGGCACGGGAAGCGGGGUGCUGAGAGUGCUGGUGUUGGGAAAAAAAGUUUUGUUAGAUUUGUUUUUUUGGUGUGU